UAUUUUUAUGGCAUAAGCCGGUAAACGAUCAGACGGAUCACCUGAUGGUAAGCAAUCGGCGUCGCCCAUGGACACCUGGAACACCAGAGGCGUUACAAGUGCGUUACCGGCCUUUGGGGAUUAGGAGUUUGAGGAUUGUUGGGGAUUCGGGGAUUGGGGAGAUUGGGGAAGGGGAAGGGAGCUGGGCCUCCGGUAACCUCACUCACACGACGAAACACAACGCAAACGUUGCUUCACGUCGGUUUUCUGUGAGGCCGUGGUAUCACUCCGGUCGAGCCGGCCCAUUCGUGCCGAAGCAUGGCUCUCCCACAAUUCCCACUUUUAUAUAUUUUAGUCGGUUCAAUUAUCCUUGUUUUUUAAUGCACUCUAAGACGUCAUAGUUUAAAAAGCAAUGCAAACUUUUGUGCA